AUGGAACAACCCAACGCAGUUAUUUGUGACUUCUGUGGAAAUGCCUACACGAUUGCAGAGAAUGAAGCUGAGGGCAAUCUGCCCCGUACGCUUGUAUGCGGUCACAUUUUCUGUACGUCUUGCCUGCAGUCCAUUGAAUGUGACGAUGUGGUCAGGUGUCCCGACUGUGAGGUGGAGUCGAUUCUACCAGAAGAGGGAGUCUUUGGACUGCAGGAGGACAACCGCAUCAUCGGCCUCAUCUAUACCGCCAGCAUGAACAGAAUGCGAAGGUCGGACAAGUCAAACAGUCGCAGGAGGAUCAAAGCAGUAUCCUUUGACAUGGAUGGCAACACCAAGGAUGUGGAGCAGCCGGCGGACCUUGAGAAGAUUGAGAGAGCCAUGGAUGAGGCAUUGGCCACCGCUGCAGAACAUCUGGCUAAGCUGGAGCACUUACACCAGAUUUUAACUACAGGCCUGGCAGAGCAAGUGAAGAAAGAGAGAGCCCGACUUGAGAUGGAGAUCUGCCGCGGCGCUAUCAAGGCGAUGUACGCCAUCCAGAAGUGGCGUGACGUGCAGCUGAAUCAGCUGAGCGGACUGGAUGCUCACUUCUCUAGCACCCAUAAUGAAGUCUGCAGAGUCAAGGAGAGGAUUUCCAUGCUGAAGAGCACUGUGCAGACAGCCAAGAAGGUGCGAUGCGUGCCAUUCCUGGAGCAGUACGGCAACUUGGACCAAAUUCUUAAGACUCUACAGGCCCCUGUGGACAACCGGUCCUUUAGUAUGAAGUGCAUCACCAUGGGCUGUGGAAGGAGUGUUAUAUUCAAGUCCCAGUUUCUGAACCAGAGUGUGGACUUGUUUCUGAAGAUGGACGCAGGCAAGCCAAAGAACCUGUCAGAAGUGCCACUCCAGCAGCACUGCAGCAACCUUGCCCGACAGCUUCCCAGGCAUGGUCACGUCGAACCUUUAGCCAGCAACUACAACCACCUUACCCAUGGCAAAGCCAAGAGUCCGCUGAGGACGAUGAGCCCUGGAAGAAAGAGCUGCCCAUCUCUGAGCCCGACGCGUCAUAGCAACUAUUAUCGCUGCAAGACCUCCUCAGAUAACGCCACUCCUGACGUUGUCCUUGAGGAGAUUAUAGAGUCGACGGAGCAAUAUGUUUCCCCUCCUACUGGUCCAGAGUUGGCCAAAGAUAACCGGAGGUCACGCAGGAGUAGAAGCUGUCCUUUGUCUGGAAAUAAGAGAAAUGUUACCCAGUGGGUGGUAGUGACUCACGUGGUGAACCCCACUCACUUCUAUGUUCGCUAUGUGGCCGAGAAGAGGGAGAGCGACAUCCUGUCCAGGGAGAUCAACAACUUUUGCCAACUGGAUACUAGCUGCUUCUCCUCCGUGGACAAAGUGCAAGCUGGCUCUGUGAUCUUGGCAAAGGGAUAUGAGGGUCUGUGGUGCCGCACUAGUGUGCUGGAGGUCUUCCAAAAUGGCCAAGACAACAGUGUGGAAGUCUGUCCGGUCAACCAACUUAUCGGCGUCUGCAUCUUCUUCAUUGACUAUGGCUUCACCAAGAGCAUUGACAUAAAAAGGAAUGUCUCAAGCACUGAGUCCUCUGUGGACAGUGUUAACAACCACCUGAGGAAGACAAACCCAGAGCUGGUUCGUUUUGCUCCUCAAGCCAUCCGAUGUUCCCUCAAAGACCUGGUACCCUACGACCUGACGAAGGGCUGGAGUAAAGAGGCUCAGAUGGAGUUCUGCCAAGUGGUGGGUUCCGCUGCCGUGGAAAUGACUUCCUUCGGUCAAGACAGAGAUGCCCUGCUGGUGGACCUCAACAAAGCUCCCGUGGGACAAUCUAGCAACAUGCCCAUCUCGAUCCGGGAAUAUCUGGUGUUCAUUGAAGUGGCCAGGUUUUAUUAUCCGGUGAAGCCGAGCAGGAGGCCACUCAAGUAUUACCCGGCCGUCUCACCCAAAAUCCACGUGGAGUACAGCGCGUUGGUGACGCACAUCAACAGCCCCGAUGACUUCUACAUCCAACUGCAGACUGACAAUAUGGAGUCCUUGCUGCUCAAAGCCAAGCUUCAGGAGUGCUACAACGACAAGAGUGGAGAAGAAGACCUGAUGGUUUACUGUCCUGUCAUUGGACAGCCCUACGUGGCUCGCUUUGAAGAUAACAUGUGGUACAGAGCUCAGGUCAUAGGCCAUCCGGGGGGCAGAAAUGUGGAGGUGCGCUGCAUUGACUAUGGACAUAAAACAAAGGUGUUUGUCAGCGACUUGCGGAAGAUGAAGGAUGAGUUCUUCUCCCUGCCGACAUUGGCGAUCCAGUGCUGCCUGUCAGACGUGCUUCCUCUGGCUGGAGAGAAGUGGAGCAAUGCCUGUAUCAAACGCUUCUCCUGCCUGGCUCACAACAAGUUCUUCACCAUCAUAGCUACAGAAAAAUCCCCCAAGACAAAACCUCUACCAGUCAAGCUGCUUGAGAGCAGCCCAACUGACUCACUCACUGAUAUAGCUGAGGUGCUAAUUACAGAGCAGUUGGUGUGCUCCAAAAAUGGGCUUAAGACCAACUUGGCAGAUGUCCCCGCCAGUGACAGCGAAUUAUGGGACCUGCCGCUUGAGCUGAGCGGUCUCGAGCCUUCAGACCUUAGUGCUCCAGUGUUGGAGUUCAAGCCUCGGCUCAGCCUCCCUGGCAGCCUCAAGGAGGCCAAGGUGCGAGUGAGCCACAUCACCUCGCCCAGCAGCUUCUACGUCCAGUUCAUCCAAAACGACUCUCAACUUAAAAGGUUGAGUGAGCUUCUUAAGGAGUGUCAGCUCCUGGAGCCUCAAGACGUGGAGUGGAAGCCUGACAUGUUCUGUGCAGCUCAGGUCAACCAAGUUUGGGAAAGAGGACUGAUCUGUGACGAAGUCUCUUCCGGCAAUGUCGUAGAGGUGAUGCGCUGUGACCACGGCAACAAGGUGAAGCUGCACGUAAGCAACCUGCGGCCACUCUGUGCUUCAUUGGGAGGUUCCUUUGCACUGGAGUGCUCGCUGGUGGACAUCAGACCUGCAGGGGGCCAACCCACCUGGACCGCCACAGCCUGCGACUUCAUGCGGUACUACCUGACAGGAGCCUCAGCUCAAAUCACCAUCCAGGAGCUGACGGAUGAGCGACCGGUGGCCGUCACUCUGAUGUGUACCAACAAGAUGGGAGAGUUGGUUAGUGUCGCUGACCAUCUGGCCCACGAGGGUCUUGCCCUCAGGGAGAGGAAGCCAGUGCUAGGGAGAUACUUUCAGGAUUUAAUGUUUCAAAGCAGGCUUGGUGUUCCUGGUGGAAAGCCAAAUGCAAGUGAUGCUCAGUCUUCUCACACCAACAUACAAGCCAAGACUCCUAAAGAGGAAACUUCUCCUCUCCCAGCAUACUCUGCAAUACCUUUUAUUCCCAGGCCCACCCCUCGCACCACCAGGCCCACCGAGAAGGUGAAAACUGAUCUGUACAAAGCACCAGAGCUUCCACAACUGGGCCACAACCACAUGACCGUUUCUGCAAUCAAAGAGGACGGACAUAUCUACGCCAGAACCGACACCGCAGGGUAUCAUUUGGAGCAGCUGAGGGAGAAGAUCCAGCAGAGCAUGAAGACACUGCCCAAUCAGAAGCCGUACACCUGGAAGACGGUGCAGGGAUGUGCCGUCAUCGGACCUGACAUGCUGUGGUACCGGGGCCAGCUGCUGGAGGUCUUGGGGGGACACGUCAAGGUACAGUACGUGGACUACGGCCUGGUGGAGAACAUUCCGGUGGUCCACGUCUACCCUCGCCUACUGUGUGAGGACAUCCCUCAACUCUGCAUGGCCUGUCAGCUCUACUGCAUCAACCCUUUUGGUGGCAGCUGGCAUCAGGAUGCUGUGGAGCUUCUCAAUGAAAUGCUCUUGUAUCGCCGCGUAGAUGUCAACGUAGUGAAGCUGCCGACUGACCCCAGGCGACCACUCACAGUUGAGAUCUUCUUGGAUGGAAUGAACCUCAGCACCAUCUUGUGUCACCACAAACACGCCCUGAUGGACCGUACAGCACAACCGGCACCUCCUCUGCCACCCCCCUCAAUUUUGGACAUCUGGGACAUCGACACCAGGGGUCUACUCGGCCCUCGGGAGGUUAUGUUGGGGCCCGUCACGGAACCCAGUAUGCCCGAGGUGGGCCAGUCUCUGAAUGUCCGCGUGAGGCACCUGCAGACUCCCAAUGAGUUGUUUUUGUGGUGGGAGGACACGGCCCAGAUACCAGUGGACGGGGAAUUUCUGGAUCAGCACAUGACAAGGAUCAACGCCAACGUUGAAAAUCUCCUGCCGCUCACCAACUUUCCUCAAGGCGGCCCAUGUCUGGCAGAGUAUAUCGACGGCAACUUUUACCGAGCCAAGAUGCUGAAGAUCAUCUGCGCCGAUCCUGUCCGGAUCCUCAUCCAACACGUGGACUUUGGCUCUGACGACACCGUGCCCACCAGCAAGCUGCGUCAGAUGCCAGCCGAGCUGCUGCGCUUCCCGGCGCAGGUGCUUAAGGUGCGCGUGACGGGCUUCAAGGCUCCCAGCGCGAGCACGGAGGACGCGGUGCUUCCCUACAGCCCGGAGUGGAGCCUCAAGGCCACGCUGGCCAUGGUCGAACUGCUGCACGGAGACAUCACCGCCAUAGUUCAGAGUGGAGACGCGUCCAGCGAGCUGUCCGUGUUGCUGUACAACCAGGACGGACAAUCAGUCUUUUUGCCUCUGCUGGCCAGCGGCCUGGCACAACUUGAAUGA